AUGGAAAAGAGAGUGAAAUCUACUGAGAAAGUAUUUAAAUGUACUCAUCGGAAAAGGGAAUAUUACUGUAACACAUGUGAACAAGGCCUCUGUUCCCGAUGUAAAGAAAAACAUGUCGUCGACUUGGAUAUGAAAAUGCAUGACGUCGAGAUAAAGAGAGAAAGGUUUGGAGAAAUUACAACACAUGAAAUUUGUAAAAGACAUCCAGACAGAAUUUAUGAGAUGUGGUGCGCAUCAUGUGAGCUUCCUGUCUGUUUUAAUUGUUCAGAACACAGAAAACAUGAGGUCCUAGAUAUCAAAUCAGCAUAUAAAAGGAACAGACAACUGUACAAAAGUAGAAUUCUUCACUUUAGAAGUGAGAUUCUUCCGAUGAAUAGAGCUUCUUUAGCCUCCAUGAAAGCCGAUUUCAAAACAGAAAUGGAAACUCUUCAAUUAGAUAUCGCCAGGAUCGUCCCAAAGAUAACAAACAAGGUUCAGAGGCUCAAACAUCAAAUAGAUGUUAUAUUUCCUGAGCAAUUAAGCCAAACCUCAUUUAAUUUGGUCUUUUGCUUGCAAUCUAUGAAGAAAAAAUUACAAAGGCGUAUUUCCAUUUUUGAGAAAUAUGAAAAUAGAUGCGUUCUGUUAUCAAAGAAACCCUUGCAAUUCCUUCCAUUUUUCAAGAAAACUAAAAUAAAAAAAGAAAAGUCCGAUAUCUUUAAAUUGUCAAUUCUCCUCUUGAAUGAGAAGAUCAACAAAGACAAAGUAACCAAACUUUUGGGAGCCUUUCACAUCACAGGUGAAGGAAAACGAGAAGUAGGAAAUGAGUGGGUACUAAAACCAAUGUCUUCACCUGUGUUAAAGAAAUCAGUCGCUGUCACAGGUUUGCUUGCCUGUCGUCACAUCUCCUAUAUGUCCUCAGACCAAUUUUGGGUCAGUGAUACUAAUAAUCUCAUCAAGACAAACUCGGCAGGAGACACUCUCACUCAGCAAAUAAACGUAAUAAACAGUGAUUAUGGAGUUCAUACAGCGACAAAUUCGGGAGAGUUGAUAUUUAUUGAUGAUAAAUUCAACAUCAACAAAAUUUCCUUCGAUUCAAAAACAACAAAACUGAUAGGGAAAACAGGACUGGAUUCUCCACUUUGUGUCUACUUCUCACCCUUUAACGGAGAUCUGCUGGUAGGGAUGGGUAGAUAUAAUUCAGAAAAACGCAGAUAUUCACAUAGCAAAGUGAUCCGGUACAACAGCAGUUUGAAACUCGUCCAGACUAUAAAGAAUAAAACUUCAGAUAAAACGCUUUAUAGCUGUCCUAUCUACAUCACGGAAAAUCAUAAUAGAGAUAUUCUUGUAUCUGACACUCGGCACUAUAACUGUGGUGCUGUAGUGGUUACAGAUGGUCGGGGAAACCAUCGCUUCUCCUACAAAAGACAUCCAUCUGGACUACCGUUGGAUCCUCGCGGAAUCUGUACAGAUACUCUGUCACAUAUCCUCGUAUGUGAUGUUAACACACAUACAAUACACGUGCUUGACAAGGACGGCCAAUUCCUCUUUAUGCUACUGAGGAAACAACAGGGAAUGUUUAGAUCAUACAGUAUGGCUUUUGAUGAUUAUGGUUCAACUAAGUCUGCUCCUUGUAUCGAUACAAGUCCCGAGGAUUGUUCAGAUCAGUUUGCCCUCCAAAAUAUCUGUAGCGACCCCAGCACGGCCAUCUUUUGUAAGAAGUCUUGUGGGCUCUGCUUUCGGUUGGACACCUGUUUAGCCUGUGAUGGCGUUCAUAAUCCUCUUCAACCCUGUCCUGUCAUUCCUUGUCAUCCAAAUGAGGUUUGCUACACUGGGAUUCGUGUAGUGGGAUCAACAGUACGUUAUGUUUAUGGUUGUCUGGAAGAAAGUAUCUGUUAUGCUUUCGCAGCUAAUGACCAUAUAAAAGUUAGUGACCGGACUGAUAGAUAUGUCCACGGUGACCAGGGCACUGCUAUUUGUGAUGCCUGCUGUAAAGGGGACAAAUGUAACGCCGCAGACUGCUUCCUACUCAGAAAGAAUAUGACAAUUUCUGACUUUAUCGGAGGCAAAGCAUCACCCACGAUCCCAAGAUAUUCAUUUGGUUAAUCGGUUUACUCUGGAUUAUAGUUUGUGUCCAGUUGUCAUUGGAAGACAGAAGAUUGACACUUUCUCUAAAAUUGUAUUUGGUAUUGAUUGGCAAAAUGCAU